AUGGGAGAUAGACAAGAAGAGCAAAAUCAAGAAUUAAAUAUGAAUGACAUGUUACAACAAAUCAUGCGACAACUUGGUACCAUGACGAGAUUGGAGGCAUUGAAAAUUCGAAAUCCACAAGCUCAACAAGGAGCUAAUGCCGCAAUCAACAAUGAGAGAGUUCAACUUCCACCACCGAGGCAAGUUGCUAGGUUGGAUCCCAUCGAGAGAUUGAGGCAACAAGAACUUGAUGGGCAAGCUCACAAUGAGAACAUGCGGCCUAGGAGGGGAGUUGAAAAAGAAGAGCCUAAAGACAACAUCAAAUACAAAAUCCCUAAAUUCAAUGGGAGAGGGUCUCCAUCCGAUUAUUUGGAGUGGGAGUCGAAAUUGGAUAUGUAUUUUGAUUAUCACCGUCAUGCCGAGCCAAAGAAGGCCGAAAGUCAAGUAAAGAGGAAUAAGAAGAGCUUUGCAUCAUCAUCAAGCUCAUGGAAAACUCCAACCAAGAAAGAUGACAAGACAUCCAAAGAGAAGGAGUUGGCGCAAAAGGGAGCUACCCUUAAAACCGAUUCUAAGUCUUCAUCGGGUUCAUCUUCUAAGAAUCAUGUUAAGUGUUUCAAGUGUCAAGGAUUUGGGCACUAUGCUAAGGAUUGUGUUAACAAGAAAGUAAUGUUUAUGAAUGAACAAGGAGAAAUCGAAAGUGAAGAUGAAGAGUUUACACUAGGAUCUAGUGGUGAUGGAGAUGAUGAAGGUGAUGCGCAUAGUGAUAAUGAUGAUGGAGACGGAUUUGCACUUAAGAGUUUGGUUGCUAUGAGAACUUUGAGUGCUUAUGUGAAAAAAGAUGUGAACAAUCAAAGAGAGAACUUGUUUCCUAUUAGAAUGUAUGCGAAUGGGAAGCCUAGUAGUGUGAUUAUUGAUGGUGGGAGUUGUACAAACAUAGCUAGUGUUUAUUUGGUGAAGGAGAUGCAAUUACCCACUACAAAACAUCCUAAACCCUAUAGUUUAGGUUGGAUCAACGAUAAAGAGGAGAUUAGGGUUAACAAACAAGUUUUAGUUUCUCUUUCUUUGGGCAGGUUGGAUUCGGAAUUUAAGGCUAAAGAAAAGUGUAAUCAUGCUAAUUUGGAUGUGAAUUGCGAUUUGGUUGAUAAGCAUGCUAGUUCUAAGAAAGUUAGUAAGGAGUGUAUGUUAGCUACUAAGAGUGAGAUUAAAGAAGCUUUGAAUGAUAAUUCUGUUUUGAUCUUGCUUUUGCUUAAGUAUACACUUGUGAGCACUAACCACUUGGAAAGCGAGCUUCCAAGCAACAUUGUUUCUCUUCUGACUGAUUAUGUAGAUGUGUUUCCUGAGGAGAUUCCUAGUGGUUUGCCACCAAUUAGGGGGAUUGAACAUCAAAUUGACUUCAUCCCUGGGGCGCAAAUACCUAAUAAGCCAACUUAUAGGACAAAUCCUGAAGAAAUAAAGGAAUUGGAGAAGCAAGUUGGAGAACUACUACAAAAAGGGUUUGUGCGUGAAAGCCUUUCUCCAUGUGCAGUUCCUGUUUUGCUUGUUCCUAAGAAGUAUGGAACUUGGAGAAUGUGUGUUGAUUGUAGGGCAUUAAACAACAUAACGGUAAAGUAUCGUCACCCAAUUCCUAGAUUAGAUGAUAUGCUUGAUGAAUUGCAUGGUGUUUGCUUAUUUUCUAAGAUUGAUCUUAAGAGUGGCUAUCAUGAAAUUCAUAUGAAAGAGGGUGAUGAAUGGAAAACUGCCUUUAAAACUAAAUUAGGGUUGUAUGAAUGGUUAGUUAUGCCUUUUGGAUUGACUAAUGCACCUAGUACAUACAUGCGAUUAAUGAAUCAUGUUUUAAGAGCUUUUAUUGGCAAGUUUGUUGUUGUUUAUUUUGAUGAUAUACUUGUGUAUAGCCGAAACCUAUAUGAGCAUGUUAGGCAUUUAAGAUGCGUGUUAGAUGUACUUAGGGUUGAAAAGUUGUAUGCUAACCUUAAGAAGUGCACCUUUUGCACAAACAAGCUUCUUUUUCUUGGUUUUGUGGUUUCAUCGCAAGGUAUAGAAGUUGAUGAGGAAAAGAUCAAGGCAAACAAAGAAUGGCCAACCCCCACCAACGUUGGUCAAGUGAGAUGUUUUCAUGGACUAGCCGGAUUCUAUAGGAGGUUUGUUAAGGACUUUAGCACCUUAGCCGCCCCUAUUACAAGUGUUAUGAAGAAGAAUGCACCAUUCAAGUGGGGAGAAGAACAACAAGAAGCAUUUGAGACCUUGAAGGAAAAACUAACUAAUGCUCCUUUGCUUGUUUUACCUAACUUUAACAAUACUUUUGAGAUUAAAUGUGAUGCAUCAGGGGUUGGAAUUGGAGCUGUUUUGAUGCAAUGUGGGAAGCACGUCGCAUACUUUAGUGGGAAAUUGAAUGGGGCUGCAUUGAAUUAUCCAGCCUAUGACAAAGAGUUGUUUUCUAAGAUGGCCCACUUCAUUGCAUGCACUAAAACGGAUGAUGCCAUUAAUGUAGCUAAUUUGUUCUUUAAAGAGAUUGUUAGACUACAUGGAAUGCCUAGGACGAUUGUGAGUGAUAGAGAUGCUAAGUUCUUAAGUGACUUUUGGAGAACUUUAUGGGCUAAGUUAGGUACUAAGUUGUUAUUUUCAGCUACUUGUCAUCCUCAAACCGAUGGUCAAACUGAAGUAGUUAAUAGGACUUUGUCUACCUUACUUAGAGCAUUGAUUAAAAAGAACUUAAGAACUUGGGAGGAUUGUCUACCUCAUGUUGAAUUUGCAUACAAUAGAAGCAUACAUAGCACUACUGGACAUUCACCUUUUGAAACUGUGUAUGGCUUUAAUCCUUUAACCCCAUUGGAUUUGUUGAGUUUACCUUUGAGUGUGCAAGUAGACAUGGAUGGACAAAGGAAGGCCGAUUAUGUUAGGGAACUUCAUGCUAGGGAAAGGUUCCCUGAAAAGAGAAAGUCUAAGCUCUUACCUCGUGGAGAUGGUCCAUUCCAAGUCUUGGAGAGGAUCAAGAACAAUGCUUACAAGCUAGAUCUUCCAAGUGAAUAUGGCAAUGUAAGUGCUACUUUUAAUGUUCCAGACUUAUCCUUGUUUGAUAGUGAUGCAGAUUUGAGGACAAAUCCUUUUCAAGGGAGAGAGGAUGAUGCGCCAAGGGCUUAUCAUGGCUUAGAAGAGCACAAUGGGGCCAAAGGAGACCAUGCCUCGGAUUUACAUGGACUUGUCUCGGAAUCUUUGGAAGAAGUCAUGGUUGAUCCAGGUUUGAAAGGAAGCUUGGAGGAACAUGGAGGAGAGGAGAUCGCAUAUGAUCGGCCAAGCCAUGGUCCAAUCGCACAUGGCCAAGCACUUGACAGGCCACAUGCCCGGCCAUCACCAUCGCAUGCCCGACCAUCACCAUCGCAUGACCCGGCCAUGCCUAAGCACAACCGGCCACAUGAUCCUUUAGCCAUGCCAUCCGGGCCAAUGACUAGGGCACGGGCUAAAUGCUUUAAGGAUGCUUUAGUGGGCUUUGUAAGAUAUCAUCUUGAAGAAUUGAAGACCAUUGAAGAUCCAUUGGGCCGAUUUAAAGACCACACACCAAGGAAUAUUCCAUACGAUUCCAUGUUUCUAGAUUCAUCUACCUAUGCCGCCCUUAUAGGAUUAGGAGUUGGUUCACAUGCCGAACCUUAUGCUUCUGGUGGUGAUGAAUGGGAAGAUGAUGAAAUUGUUGAUUUUCCCAAUGCUUUUAUUGAUGAUGAAGCCGAAAGAUGGUACCGUGCUAGAGAUAAAGUACCCAUUGUAAUUGAGAACUAUCCCGCCAAGAAGAUUGAUAAGAAUUUGAAGAUUUCCGAGAUCUUUAAAGCUUGUGGUUGGAAAAGUUUGCUUGAAUUGAAGGGUGAUUUUUAUCCGAAUAUGGUGAAGGAAUUCUAUGCUAAUAUGGGUAGAUAUAUACCAUAUGGAGAUGAUCUCACAAUUCGAACAAUGGUGAAAGGGAGGAGAAUUAAGGAUGUUGCUUUGGAAAACUUUGAAAUUCCGGAUGAUUGUCACAAAGGUAUGAAACAAGAUUCUUUUGAAAAUUGGUUCAAUGUUGAAAGAGGAAGUUGUUCUAAGGAUCAAGAACCGAAACACAUGGAAGUGACAAGGAAUUUGGAAAAUCAAGUUAAGGUUGUGGAAGUUAACAAAGUUGAUAUCACCUCUACUUCUAAGGAACUUGCCGAAGAGAUGGAGUUGGAUGUCAAAUUUUGGGGACUUGAGAUCUAUUUGAAGAAAAUUGGUGCGACAUUGGAAGAAAUUCAAAGUCAAAAUCAAGAGUUUCAUAAGUUGGUUCUCAAUUUGAUUUCCGAUUUCACCAAAGAGUAA